GCUCAUCAUUCAUCUGUUCGAGUGGAACGCAAAUCCGUGAGAGGCGAUCUCCGGAGAUCGCCGGCGCCCCUUUCUAUGGGUGAUGCCAGCGGUCGCCGUCGCCCCUUCGAUCAAGCAAGCUCUUCGUAGAAUUACUGCUAAAGAUUCUCCUCGGCCUCAAGAUCCAGAUGUGGUGCACCGUCGAUUCAAUUUGGGGGAAUUUCAUCUUUUCUCCUCGGCAAAGCCAAGAUCAAUGGCCGGCAAGUUCUGGGACUCCGACUCUGAGUCCGAUUAUGAGGAUCUGGGCGAUGCUGAUUCGCUCGCCAUGAACCUCGCCGCGCAAAAAUCCUCUCAAGACCCGGCCAAGGUGCUUGUCCCGACACCACCUCCACACCAGCCUAGGCCUGCUGCCAUAUGUCGAUCGGCGGCGGGUGAGACUGCCAAGCAACCGGGGACGAACAAGAUGGAGGUGGCGCGUCCAGUGAGACCUCCUUGGAAGCAGCUAUGGAAAGGGCCGCUGCCACCGCCGAGGAUUACGCCGCCGGUGACGCUCGGCCAGUUUCUCCCGGAGAUGAAGAAGACGGGGAAACGUCGAGCUGAUCCGAUAAUCGCGCCAGUUCGAAUUCCAAACUUAACGGGUCCGACUUUUGCAAAUGCGAAGCAAUCUUCCAACCCGUCAGUGCCAAACCCGGGUCCACAUCAGGCCUUUCCCAGGUUGGGGUCGGGCGCGGUACUGGUCUCUUCGUCCGCCGCGACGUCUGCUUUGGCCAAGGGAAACCCUAGACGGCGGCUCAUCUCUCCCACGGUGCCACCACACCUUCUUCCUCCGAAACCAACCUACCGCGACGUUCUCAUGGCCGGUCGAGGUCGGUGGUUCCGCCGCCGGAACAGCCCAGGUCGCGGCUCAGCGGACCGGCAGGCGCCAGCUGAUCGGCAAGUGGCGAACAGCGCUGCGCCUGGUCGCAAUGGAGGACAACCGGGUCGUGGGCGUGGCAAUCAAGCCAGGAGUGGCAGGGUGGAUCAGGUGGAGCGGGCGUGCGACCUCCAGGCCGAUCGGGACCGAGGUGUACGUCCCGACCGUGGCCGUGGCCGUGGCGCUCCCCAUGCCGCAGGGGGCAACGGAGGCCCUAACGCCCCUACUGGCAGGGGUACGGCUGGGGUUAGGGGCGGCGCACCUCUCCCUCCUCAAGCACCAGCAGCAGGGGAUCAACCUUCAAGUGGCUCGGGUUCAGGAGAAGGAAACCAGCGCCAUGGUCCGGAUCAGGGACGAGAGGCCAGUGAACCAACUGCUGAAGAGCGUGGCAAGUCCAAGCGGAAGAGAUCAGGAAACCUGGAAUGCACGAUCUGUCUAGAGGAUCACUUCACUAACCAAUGCCAUUUGUUGCGAGGCCCUAAACCUUCGGUCACUUAUUGUGGGGCAGCGGAGGAUGGCAUGGGGUUUUUCCAAAUUCAAGCGGCCAACCUCAAUGACAUUGUUGCUUCGGACCUGAACUCUGCGGCGGCACAAAUUACUGUGGAAUCGGGUGAAGUCUCUUCGCGUUUGCUGGUGACAGAGCUUUCAAGACUUGUUCCUGUUCACUGGAAGUGGGAGGUACAGGAGUUGGAUAGCCACGUUUUCGUGGUUCCUUUUCCCAGUAAGGAGGAAUUGGAUCGCUUGGUAGCUGUUGGGACGGUUACGACCAAGAACAAGGAAGGCACUCUCUUGUUUGAAGAAUUUGUUGAUGAUGUGCAACCCAUCAAAGUCCUGGAUAAGGUGUGGGUGACGGUCACCAAGGUACCUCGUCUGCUUCGCUCCUUCCUACCACUUUGGGCGGUUGGUACUAUAAUCGGUGAGACCCAAAAGGUUGAUAUCUAUCACCUUCGUCAGACAGGAGAGGUCCGCAUUUUGGUGGCUGUUUUCGAUGUUCAGAAAAUCCCAAAAUAUGCUGAUGUCUGUGUCAAAGGGAGUAUAUACCGGCUUUAUUUUAAGCCAGAUGAAGUGGCUCCUAAAAUCUUUAAUCCAGAAGAUGAUGACCUCCUGGGAGAUGAUGACAAAGACCUUGAUGGUGAUGGUGACAGGGAGAUGGAAGAAGCAGAUGAUGCUCCAAAACCACAGGACUUUGAGAAGGGCAAAUCUACUUCUGCUUCGGAUGGCACUUUACCUUCUCAUUCUCAAAGUGGGGCUUAUCAUAAACAGGCGGCUUUAAUUCAAGAAGCUAUAGACUUGGCUUGUGAGCAGCUUUUUGAGGAAAUAAGUAUUAAAGUCAUGGUUGAGAAGGAGGGUGGAGAAGAAUGGAAACGAUACUCACCCUUGACAGAGGAAGAGCUAGCAACAUAUAAUUCUAUGAUAACACCUCCAAUCAAACCUCAUCCUUUCAUGUUUGCAGAUGAAGUUGUCGAAGCGGGAGGGGAAUUGAACCCCUCUCUUGGGUUUGACGGGGGGCUUCCUUUGCUCUCUUACCCCGCGUCGCCAGUUGCAGAUGUUGAAGAAGAUGUCACACUUCACCCUCCAACACCGCCAUCACUUUCGGUUGAGGAGGGGUUGGGUGGGGUCAGCGGACCGCUGCCCAUGGUAGGGCAGCCGAUUGGGGCUGCGCCGCUGCCCUCGCUGCUGAUGGGGCAGCCAGGGACGCUCGGGGAACAGCCCAUCGGGGCUGUCCGCUACCCGCGGGGCUGCCUGAGCGGCCGGCCACGCACGCCUUGCUGUUGGAGGGGCAGCAGACCAUCGGCGGGGGUACUGGACCAUUGCCACCGCCAGCAGCCGAGGAUGAGGUGGCAGCUAUGGGGAAGGCCACUGCUCCUGCGUUUACCAAACUCCGCCGAUGUAGCAGGAAUGUGGGAAAGGCGGAUGAGCACACCCUACACAAGGUAGAACGAUUGGCGUUGAAAAAGAACCUUGAAUCUUCAGGUUAUUUUCAAGGGAGCUUAUUGGCUACGCUUCUGGGCCCAGUUGCAGCGUGAUGAGCAGGCCAAGGACACCCUCGUUGAGAUGAGCAAGAAAUUAGAGAUGAUUGCUUUAGAAAUUACCAAUAGAGGGUGGAAGCAUUUUUUACGUUUGCUUUAGAUCUCUUGUCUAUGUUAAAGACUAUCGGCUUGCUGUUUAUUUUUUCGAACUCUGUAUUACUUGGCUGGGUACAUCCUCGGAUGUAGAGGCCGGAUUUUAUUAUCCAUUAUCUAAAAAAUCA